UUGCACACAAGGACGGGAUCCCGAUGAGAGGACUAUCAUGUCCUAUCCUCCGCAGGCCUGUGAGGAAGACGAGGGCACGGCGCUUCAUUCCGAGGGAGGAGAUUUUGCGGAAGAAGGCGACGACGACGACGGCGGCGGCGGUGGUGGAGACUUAUUAGACGCCAGAAGCGACAUCAACUCGCCGGCGGCGCCUCGGCAAACUGCAGCCGCCCCAGACGAGGCGGACGCGUCCGACAGGGAGUUCCCGUGUAAAAAGAAAGGACGGCCAAAGAAAAAGAAGGACAAAGAGGGGGAACCCGUAAGGGAGAAAAAGUGCAAGAAGAUUGGCAGCCACGUAGAGCGGGACUCGGCGCGGGAAAGGGACUUCGACGACCGUUCGGACAGCGAGAAGAAGAAGAAGAGGAAGAAGCGCAAAGAAAGGAAGGAGAAGAAAACCAAGAGGAAGAAAAAAGAUGACGAGGACCGAGACAGCAGUCAGGAGGAGACCACGAGGCCUGCCGAGCAGAAGACUUCGGCCCAGCUGGCCGAGGAGUGGGGCCUGGAGGAUGUUGACCGUACCUUCACCGAGGAGGACUACAGGCAGCUGACCAACUACAAGGCCUUCAGUCAGUUCAUGAGGCCCAUGAUCGCCAAGAAGAACCCCAAGAUCCCCAUGUCCAAGAUGAUGACCAUCCUGGGGGCCAAGUGGAGGGAGUUCAGUUUCAACAACCCCUUCAAAGGCAACGCCGCCGCGGUGGCUGCGGCCGCCGCCGCCGCCGCCCUCGCUGUCGCCGAGCAGGUCUCCGCGGCGACCGCCUCGCCUGUGCCGCCGCCGCCGCCUCCGCCCGUCCGAAAGGCGAAGACGAAAGAAGGCAAAGGUCCGGGUUACAAGAAGCGCAGUAAAAGCCCUCGAGUCCCCGACAAGAAAAAGGCUUUGGCCGCGGCCAAGGCCAAAAAGAUGGCGGCCGUUCGGCUCAAACCUUCUCACGUGUGCGCCAAGCGGAAGAAGAGCUGCUCUAGCGACGACGUGGACGAGGACGAUUCGGAGCGGGAGGACUCCAGCGUCCGCGGGUCCUCGGUUCGCUCCGACAAUUCCGGCCGCGUGAAGAAGAACAAGCGCGGGCGGCCGGCCAAGAAGAAGAAGAAAAUCCCCGGCGACGAGGAGGGCGACGGCUACGAGACGGACCACCAGGACUACUGCGAGGUGUGCCAGCAGGGCGGCGAGAUCAUCCUCUGCGACACGUGCCCGCGAGCUUACCACCUGGUGUGCCUGGAGCCCGAGCUGGAAAAGGCGCCCGAGGGCAAGUGGAGCUGCCCUCACUGCGAAAAAGAAGGAAUCCAGUGGGAGGCAAAAGACGAGGACUUUGAGGACUUUGAGGAGGAGGCGGAGGAGAGGACCAUCUCGGAGGUCGGGGCGGGGGUGGAGGAGGACGACGACCACAUGGAGUUCUGUCGGGUGUGCAAAGACGGAGGUGAACUGUUGUGCUGUGACACCUGCACAUCCUCCUACCACAUCCACUGUCUCAACCCUCCGCUGCCAGAGAUCCCCAAUGGAGAGUGGUUGUGUCCGCGAUGCACGUGCCCGCCCAUCAAAGGACGCGUGCAAAAGAUUCUUCACUGGCGGUGGGGGGAGCCCCCGCCUGCGGCCCCCGUCCCGGCGCCGGACGCGGCGCCCGACCGCCCGCCGCCCCCCGCGAAGGGCCGAGCCCAGCGGGAGUUCUUCGUCAAGCUGGCUGGACAAUCCUACUGGCACUGCACGUGGAUCACAGAGCUCCAGUUGGAGAUCUUCCACUCGGUGAUGUACAGAAACUACCAGAGGAAGACGGACAUGGACGAGCCGCCCGCUUUGGACUACGGCUCCGGCGGCGAGGACGAGAGCUCGGUGGGAAAAAGCGAGAAGAGGCGCGCCAUGGAAGACGAGUACUACAAAUACGGCAUCAAGCCCGAGUGGAUGAUGAUCCAUCGCAUCAUCAACCACAGUGUGGAUAAAAGAGGGAUGUGCCACUACCUGGUGAAGUGGCGAGACCUGACCUACGACCAGUGCACCUGGGAACGAGACCACAUGGACAUCCCCGACUUUGCCAUCUACAAGGCCAACUACCGGAGACACAGGGACGCCGUCACCGAGGAAGACCCCGACAAACCCCGCGGGAUGAGGAGCAAGAGUCGGGAGGGCGAAGACGAGUGUUCUCCCGCCUCGCCCGUCACCGACCCGACCAUAAAAUACGAGGAGCAGCCCGACUUUGUGACGUCGACGGGCGGCACGCUGCACCUGUACCAGAUGGAGGGUCUCAACUGGCUUCGCUUUUCGUGGGCUCAGGGCACCGACACCAUCCUGGCGGACGAGAUGGGUCUGGGCAAGACCAUCCAGACCAUUGUCUUCCUCUAUUCGCUCUUUAAAGAGGGUCACACCAAGGGCCCCUUCCUGGUCAGCGCCCCGCUGUCCACCAUCAUCAACUGGGAGCGGGAGUUCGAGAUGUGGGCGCCCGACUUCUACGUGGUCACCUACACCGGCGACAAGGACAGCCGAGCCAUCAUCCGGGAGAACGAGUUCUCCUUCGACGACUCGCCCGUCAAGGCGGGCAAGAAGGCCUUCAAGAUGAGGAGAGAGACGCCGAUAAAAUUCCACGUGCUGCUGACCUCCUACGAGCUGGUGACCAUCGACCAGACGGCGCUGAAGUCCAUCGACUGGGCCUGCCUGGUGGUGGACGAGGCUCACCGCCUGAAAAAUAACCAGUCCAAGUUUUUCAGGCGCUUGAACGACUACAAGAUUGACCACAAGCUGCUGCUGACGGGGACGCCGCUGCAAAACAACCUGGAGGAACUCUUCCACCUGCUCAAUUUCCUCACGCCCAACCGCUUCAACAACCUGGACGGCUUCCUGGAGGAGUUUGCCGACAUCUCCAAGGAGGAUCAGAUCAAGAAACUGCACGACUUGCUGGGGCCUCACAUGCUGCGCCGGCUGAAGGCCGACGUCUUCAAGAACAUGCCCACCAAGACCGAGCUCAUCGUGCGGGUGGAGCUGAGCCCCAUGCAGAAAAAAUACUACAAGCUGAUUCUGACCAAGAACUUUGAGGCGCUGAACUCCAAAGGCGGCGGGAACCAGGUGUCCCUGCUCAACAUCAUGAUGGAUCUGAAGAAGUGCUGCAACCAUCCCUACCUCUUCCCCGUCGCUUCCAUGGAGGCCCAGAAAACGCCCAACGGUGCGUACGAGGGGUCCGCCCUCACCAAGGCUUCCGGGAAACUGACGCUGCUGCAGAAGAUGCUGAGGAAACUAAAGGAGCAGGGACACCGAGUGCUGGUUUUCUCACAGAUGACCAAAAUGCUGGACUUGCUGGAAGACUUCCUGGAUUACGAAGGUUACAAGUAUGAGAGGAUCGACGGCGGGAUCACCGGCGCGCUGCGGCAGGAGGCCAUCGACCGCUUCAACGCUCCUGGCGCUUGUCAGUUUUGUUUCCUGCUGUCCACCCGCGCCGGAGGCUUGGGCAUCAACUUGGCCACGGCGGACACGGUCGUCAUCUUCGACUCGGACUGGAACCCUCACAACGACAUUCAGGCCUUCAGUCGGGCUCACCGCAUCGGGCAGGCCAACAAGGUGAUGAUCUACCGGUUUGUGACGCGAGCCAGCGUGGAGGAGCGCAUCACGCAGGUGGCCAAGAGGAAGAUGAUGCUGACCCACCUGGUGGUCCGGCCCGGCCUGGGCUCCAAAGCCGGCUCCAUGAGCAAGCAGGAACUGGACGACAUCCUCAAGUUUGGAACCGAGGAGCUGUUCAAAAAUGGAGCAGAAGGUAUGAAGAAUCCCUCGGGGGAUAAAGCGGAGGACGAGGGCAACGUGAUCCACUACGACGGCGCGGCCAUCGAGAGGCUGCUGGACCGAAGCCAGGACGCCACCGACGACUCGGACGUCCAGAACAUGAACGAGUACCUCAGCUCCUUCAAAGUGGCCCGCUACAUGGUCCGAGAGGAGGACAAGAUCGACGAGAUCGAGCGAGAGAUCAUCAAGCAGGAGGAGAACGUGGAUCCCGACUACUGGGAGAAGCUGUUGCGGCACCACUACGAGCAGCAGCAGCAGGACCUGGCCAGCAAACUGGGCAAAGGCAAGAGGAAUCGCAAGCCUGUCAACUACAACGACGCAGCGCAGGAAGACCAAGAGUGGCACGCCGACAUUUCCGACAACCAGUCCGAGUACUCCGUGGGCUCCGAGGAGGAAGACGAGGAUUUCGACGACCGUCCGGAAGGUCGGAGACAGUCCCGCCGCCAGUUGAGGAACGAGAAAGACAAACCGCUGCCUCCUCUUCUGGCCAGAGUGGGCGGCAACCUUGAAGUUCUCGGCUUCAAUACACGCCAGCGGAAGGCUUUCCUCAAUGCGGUGAUGCGCUGGGGGAUGCCGUCUCGGGACGCCUUCGCCUCUCAGUGGCUGGUCAGAGACCUCAGGGGCAAGACUGAGAAGGAAUUCAAAGCGUACGUGUCGCUCUUCAUGCGUCACUUGUGCGAGCCGGUGGCCGACGGGGCGGAGACGUUCGCCGACGGCGUCCCCAGGGAGGGCCUGUGUCGCCAGCCGGUCCUCACGCGCAUCGGCGUCAUGUCGCUUGUCAAGAAGAAGAUUCAGGAGUUUGAGCACAUCAACGGGCGCUGGAGUCUGCCGGAGCUCAAGCCCGACGUCAGCCUGGACAAAUCCUCGUCCAGAGCGUCGUCCCCCGCCGCCAAGACGGCGACGCCCACGCCAGACGCCAGCUACAACAAUACGCCGUGCCACUCCAAGCCAGCGACGCCCGCGCCGGCGGACAAGCCUGAAAAGAACGGGAAGGAGGGCGAGAAGGAGGACAAGGAGGAUGACGAGGCCCAGUCGGAGAACGACAAAGAGGAGCGCAAAGAGCUCGGCACACCGCGAAGCGCGCCUCCUCCGAGUCCGAAAACGGAGGGCAAAGACGACGGCGACCAAUCACGUGAGGAGGAGGACGACGGACCGAGCAACGCUUUGCCACAGGAGAGGAAUUCGCCAGACGAGAGCAAAGUCCCGACCCGGCGGGAUGGGCGGGUGCAAGAAGGGAAAACAGAUGGAGCAAACGUGGAUCGGGAUCGGCGGAAAGACACGGACGAGCCGGAAGCGGCAGACGCCGAGGAGACCGCCGAACCCGACGAAGAAGAGGCGAAAGGUGACAAGGACGCUGGGAAAGAAAUCGGGGAGGCGAAGGCGGAGCCCGCCGAGGGGAACGGGAAGCCGCCUGCUGAGCGGCCUCGCUUCAUGUUUAACAUCGCUGACGGCGGCUUCACUGAGCUGCACACUCUUUGGCAGAACGAGGAGCGGGCCGCCAUCUCCUCGGGAAAGAUGAGCGAGAUCUGGCACCGCCGCCACGAUUUCUGGCUCCUGGCAGGAAUCGUCAUUCACGGCUACGCUCGGUGGCAGGACAUCCAGAACGAUCCGCCGUUCGCCAUCGUCAACGAGCCGUUUAAGUCGCAGGCCAACAAAGGCAACUUCCUGGAGAUGAAGAACAAGUUCCUGGCGCGGCGCUUCAAGCUGCUGGAGCAGGCGCUGGUGAUCGAGGAGCAGCUGCGGCGUGCGGCCUACCUGAACAUGACGCAGGACCCCAGCCACCCGGCCAUGGCGCUCAACGCGCGUUUCGCCGAAGUGGAGUGCCUAGCCGAGUCGCACCAGCACCUCAGCAAGGAGUCGCUGGCGGGCAACAAGCCAGCCAACGCCGUCCUGCAUAAAGUGCUCAACCAGCUGGAGGAGCUGCUGAGCGACAUGAAGGCCGACGUGACCCGGCUGCCGGCCGCGCUGUCCCGAGUGCCGCCCAUCGCCGCGCGCCUGCAAAUGUCCGAGAGGAGCAUCCUGAGCCGGCUGGCCAGCAAGGGCACGGAGACGCACGCUCCCCCGCCUAUCCCUCCCGGACUCUACGCCACCCCUCAGAACUACGGAACCCCCUUCGCUCCGGCCAACUACAGUCAGAUGCCACCCGGAUCCUUCAUAUCAGAAGCCACCGGCGGAGCCGCUUGGGGAGCCGGCGGGGGGCCGGCCGCUGUCGGCGUGUGCCAGAAGACCAAGGAGCACGAUGUGGUGCAGCGGCAGCGGGUGGUGGAUCUCUGGAAGGACGGCAAGUCGGAGGGGGCCAUCGGCCUGGAGCUGCGGAUGCCCAAGUCGACGGUGCACAGCAUCAUCGUCAAGUACCGGCUCAGCAACACGGUGGAGAACCUGCCGCGCAACGGUCGUCCCAAAAAACCCUGACAAGUGACCGUGACCGUGACCGUGCCUUGGGGAACGCCGAGGGAGAGAAGUUGCAAGUCGGAGGUCAAGUGCCACACGGGAAGCGGGAGAUGUCGGAAAGUGGCACGAAUGACUUGCGUGGGGGUGGGAAAACGGAGAAUGGAUUGACGUGGACCUCAGACAAGACUGCAUGUUAAUGCAAUCGCAGGUUUUCAGGAAUUCAGAGAGAGGAAGACAAAUACAUUCCUGAUUUCCUGAGCUCCCCCCCCCCCCCCCCCCCCUUUUUUUUUGGUUUUUUUUUUUGGGGGAAAAAAAAAAAAAGAAAAGUUCCUCUUGAAUCAAUUCUUCAUCCACCGGCAUAGUGAAGGAGCCUUUCUCCUGGCUUUGACCCUAUCCUCCCUCAUUCCACCGCAGUCUUCCACUCCCCCCUGUCUGCGCACAUACACACGCACACGCGCGCAUACUGUCUGGACCCCACACAGAAUCUCGCAAAGAACUUCACGUAUCUGCUGACUUUGAGCAGAGGAACGACAAUGGCGAAAGUCAUCCGGGAACACCAAGCCCUUGGACACACAGCGUCAGGGUUGGGGCCAAGUCUUCAUUGUCUCGCUUGAAUUGGAUUUGGCUCUUUAAACAGUUUUUCUUUGUGGGGGGGCAUGUGGUUUGGAUCAGUUCGUUUAUGCUGGUCUGGUCUGUGGAUGCUUUUGGUAAACUCUCAAUUAAAGGAAUCCGAGGUGAGGAAAGAGCUUGGUCAAGUUUGCGCGCUUUCGCCGAUCAGUUGCGAUCAAUUUGCCGACAUUGACGCCGCUGGUGGAAAGCCACAAUUCCGAUGUCGAUGACUCGCUGUUUAUACCGAUGUGGGAAGUCACUAUGCAUCCAUUUUCUGUCGCGCUUGUCUAUGUUAGGGUCAAGUUCACAAUGAACAACCUGGUUUCAUAUCAUUGUUGAAAAACAACCUCUAUUAUCCUUGCGCUUGUCCUCAUUUAUGCUAAAUGUCAAACAACUUGGUGCGUCCCAGUGUUGAAAAAAAAAAAAAAAAAAAAACCCCAGUUUUUUUUCCGCCCAUCUUGACACGUGGUCUAUCCCGCAGGUAUUUUUUUGUUUAGGCCACGCAUCAAUUCAUUUUCUAUGGCACUUGUCCUCGUUAGGGUAAAUUUCUACGCAGUUCAUUUCGGGACGCUUGUUGAUAUCUGUUUGGAACUUUGUACACAAAGAUUCCCAGCAGCGGCAUUUAGCUUCUGGCUUUUUAAAAUGUAUUUUUUAUAUCCGCGAAAGAAGCAGACUUCCCCUUGUGGAUUUGGUGGAGAGCAAAAGCCCAAAGAAUGCUUCUGCUGCUGCUGUGUCAUGGAUGUGUGUCAAAGUGGCGCUCAGACACCCGUGCAAAUCACUUCCAACCUCUGAUUUCCUGCUCUCCCUCUCGAUUGAGAAAGUCCAGCGGCGUGCGGAUUUAUGAAAGCCCAGCUGGAGCGACUCUCCGCUCUGAAGUCGAAGCCUGCACUUUUCACGUUGAGACACACACACACACACACACACACACGUUUGGUCCAGAAUAGAACUCUUUGGCACGGCUACAGUCGACCGAGCUGAAUCUCUGCCUCGCUCCGCCAAGAUGGCAGCGCUCUUGUCGCUCAGAUAGCAGACGGGACCCACCGGAGAGAGUUUUUUUAUUAUCUGUUGGACCUGAGUUGCUUCAUCUGGUGCGUGCUGAGUCGCUCCAACACGAUCCCGAGGUCAACGGAUGUCAUCUUUGUCAUCGUAACUGCGAGUUAUCAACAACCUGGAGCAUACCAGUGUUGAAAAACAACCACCAUUAUCCCCCAGCCCUCCUCACCCCCUUUUGACACAUGGUCUAACCCGUGAGUCAAUUAUGCCAUCCAUCCAUCCAUUUUUGUAUAGCGGUCGUUCUCGUUAAUGUCCUGGGUGAGCUGGAGCCUAUUCAAGCUGUCUUUGACCAAAUGUUACCAUAAAAGGCCACCACAAAAAACAAUAUUUGGAGCGGGAAAAUGUGCCCGCGCCCUCUGGCGGACGAGCUAUGCGCAACGGCUGAUUCUCUUCUUUGUUCACCCAGUCUUCACCUCCUUUUGUUUUAAUUCUCAUGUGAUACCCUCCCUUCGCUCUUUCCAUUCCCUCCGUUGACCCCCCCCCCCCCCCCACUGGCAAAACGCCAUGAAUCGAGUUAGUCUUGCCUCCCUUAUCGCGCGGCAGAUCUGGAAGCGCUGUUAUGACAUUCGAGCCGCGGUGCGAGCGCGCCCGUCGUCUAUUCCUGGCUUUUGUUUGGGAAAGGAGCUGUAAACUCUCCGUCGCACUCCCCGAGAACAUUGACGAACGUGGGAAGCGUAUGCACCUUCGUGUCAAAUGCUUGUUUUCGCCACCGGAGUGCCACAAGGCUCCAUGCUAGGGCACCAUUGCUUGCAGUGCAUCCGGAAAGUAUUCUCGACUAAACUCCAACUCUGCUUCUCCCUCCCACCCCACCC